CCCGAGCCCCGAGGCGACUAGGAGCGAGCGCGGUCGUGAGCCUUCGUCCGCGGUCCUGUUAGCGGGGAGCGAGGCGUGGCCGUGGCCCGUCCGUGCAGGUGGCAGGCGCAAGGGCGGCGGGAGCCCGCCGGGAAGAGGCCGCAGCGUCGGGGGGCGCGGCCGUCCCGCACCUGCUCUCUGCGCGCGCUCGCUGCGCCGUGCGGGGCCUCGGGCGCGCGCCUGCCUCCCGCCGGCGGCCUAGGCGCUAGGGCGGGCUCCGCGGUCCCGGUCCGCACGUCCGCGCUAGAGCAGCGCCCGGGGACCCCGCGGGAGCCGCCGCACGGGCGAACCGCACGGGCCUGUCCUCAUAGGGGCCGGGGCCGCGGGGCGCCCUAACGAGCGGCCUUCGGUGCCCUCGAGACGUGGUCGCGGUCGGCCGGCGAAGGUCGCGCCCCCCAUGACGGCGGCGGGACGCGGGCUUGGAGCAGGGCUGCCCACGGGGACCGCGGCCGGAGGGCGCGGGAGCGGGAGAGCCGCGCUGGCCUUGCCCCGGGCAUUGCUGCCGGGACGCGCCCUGGGCUCUGGGGCUCCUGCUCGCCUGUCCCCGCGCCUCUGCCUCGGCGUGUGCGGGCCGUGCGAGCCCCGCGUGCUCCCUGGUGAGACCCAACGAGGGUCACAGCGGGAGCGCCCGGGGCACCUGCGGGGCUCCGCGGGUUGAGCCUAUGCCUUCGGCUCAGGUCAUGAUCUCAGGGUCCUGGGAUCGAGCCUCGCAUCGGGCUCUGCUCAGCGGGGAGCUGCUUCCUCCCCCGCCCUCUCCCUGCUUGCGAUCUCUGUCGAAUAAAUAGAUAAAAUCUUAAAAAUAAUAAUAAUAGCGCCUCCCGCCAGCCGCGUGCAGAGCGACCCUUGCGGACCGUUGCGCAUCCCUCACGCGGCGAGUCCGUGGUCCUCGCAGCCACGACCCCCUCGGACCCCUUGGCGGAUGCUGGAAACCAACCCCAGAGAGCGCUCCUGGUCAGACCACAGCCCUGUGGCAGCUCCCGGUCUCCGCUCGCAGAAUAUGGUGAUUUAAGCCACGCGCGAGGCUCCCAAGACCCGGGCGGCCUCCCAGGAGCCGCUGCGGGCCUAGAACCCGACUCGCUGCAUCGUCACCCGCUGGGCUCCGUGGGAGGCUCCGCUGGGCACGUGCCCACGGCCUUCCCCCGCGGGCUUGGUCACUGGUCUCCCGCCGUUCCCUAGAACCCCACGGCCGCCUCCAUGGUCCUUCUCGACUGUAUCGUUGAUCUCUCCAUUUAUUUUUAACAAUUAAAAUGCCGUCCAAGUAAAUUUUUAAUGAGAUAAUGAGAUGCUCAACCCAAGGAGGAUCCGAACUCUCACUCCCUGUGUAUGAGCUGCACAGGGACUUCCACGCAGGGGGACUCCGAAAAGGGGAUAAAAAUAGCAGCUGUGGAGUGAAGAAGCACCCCGGCUGGGAGAUCGGGGUUGAGGUCCCAGUGACGAGUCAGGGGGCCGCCCGCACACGCCUAGCAACCAUCGAGGCCACGUGGUCCUCCAGGGGGACGUGGCCACGCUCCCACACGCUCUCCUCUGGCAGCAGCGGCCAGUCUCCUGGAGAUAACCUGAGACCAGGGAGGGACGGUCCUAGGAUGCUGGACUCCUCAGUGGCAGAUGCAAUGACCCGACUCACCCUGAAGCUCUUGGAGAAGAAACUGGAACAAGAGCGUGAGACUGUGGAAGGGGAUUCUGAGGACCCCCUGCUCCUAGCGGGAAAUGAGGACAGGCCGGACGCAGCCCUGCUGGAUGCUCUGAGGAGGAGGCGAGCGCUUCUGCGGAGACUCUGGGAACAGCGUCUCCUAGAGGAGGCCUCCCAGGCCCAGGCCCGGAGCGGGAUGAACAGAGGAGGAGCCCGUGGGUCCGCACUGCACCCAGAGGUGCCCCCUGUGGGCAUCUACUCCCUGCCCCCGCCAGCCCUGGAGCCCCCACAGAUUAUCCAAUGCUCAGGCCCUCAGCCUCCUGCCACCAUCAUUCAACAGCUACCCCAGCAGCCCCUCAUCGCACAGAUCCCCCCUCUCCAGGCCUUCCCCACUCAAAAAUCAGGAAGUAUUAAGGAAGACAUGGUGGAGAUGAUGCUGAUGCAGAACGCCCAGAUGCACCAGGUCCUCAUGCAGAACCUGAUGCUCCAAGCCCUGCCCUCAGCGUUUCUGCCCUCGCGGGGACCACUGGCAGCACCCCAGCAUCCCACCCCCCAGAGACAGAAGCCGCCCUCCGUGCACCACCACCACCACUACGCGCCCCCAGGCCCCCUGCAGGCCAUCCCAGCACCUGGCUCCCUGGCCGGGUACUCCACGUGGCCCACGGUGGUCUCAGCCACCACCCUCCCACCUGCCUCCAGCUUCCUGCCAGCCCUCCACCACUUGGCCGGGCCCACCUCAGCAGCCCUUAGCCCCUUCCCCAGGGUGGCAUCUGACGGCGGCCAGCCCGCGCCGGCUCCAGGCGUGUGAGCCCCCACAUGUGAACUCUGUUGCAAGGCGUCAAGCGCCCACCACCCUCUCUACCUCCUCAGAUGCUGCAGGCUCGCCGGAACGCUGGCCUGGGAAGCAGAUGGAAGCAGGUGGCUGAGGACCUGGCCUGCCGUUCAGCUCCGUCGGGGGGGCCGCCCUCAGGGAGCCUCCCAUGCCGGACAGCGGCAGGUACCCGCACGGUGUGCCCGGCACGAACGUGCUUUGUGAAAUGCGAUUAAAGGUCUAACUCAAGGGGCGCCUGGGGGGCUCAGUCCCUUAAGUGUCUGCCUUCGGCUUAGGUCAUGAUCCCAGGGUCCUAGGAUCGAGCCCUGCAUCGGGCUCCCUGCUCAGCAGGAGGCCUGCUUCUCCUC